GGCAUCUCACGGACCGCCGCCAUCGCCGCCGCAUGGCCGCGGCGAAGGCCAUCGGCUCCGCGGUGUUCAGGAGCAACCAGGAGCUCACGUCGCUAGCGCGCUCGGGCCAGCUGGCCGCCGCGCGCCGCCUGUUCGAGGAGAUGCCCCGCCGCAACGUGGUCUCCUACAACGCGAUGAUCUCCGCGCUGGGCCGCCACGGUCGCCUCGACGAGGCGCGAAGGCUGUUCGACGAGAUGCCACGCCGCAACCUCGUGUCCUGGAACGCGAUGAUGGCGGCGUGCUCUGAGCACGGCCGUGUCGAGGAUGCACGAGUGCUGUUCGACGCAAUGCCCACUCGGGACGAAUUCUCCUGGACAAUCAUGGUCUCCUGCUAUGCACGGGCGGGCGAGCUUGCUCUCGCGAGGGAGGUGCUCGACCGCAUGCCUUUUCCUGGGGAGAAGUGCGUGGCGAGCUACAACGCCAUGAUCUCUGGGUAUGCCAAGAACGGCAGGUUGGACGAUGCAGUCAAAUUGUUGUGGGAGAUGCCGGCCCCGGAUCUUGUUUCUUGGAACUCAGUUCUGUCUGGGCUCAUCCGGAGUGAGGAAAUGUCUCGAUCGGUGCAGUUCUUCAACGAGAUGCCAGAGAAGGACUUAGUUUCCUGGAACUUGAUGCUAGAGGGGUAUGUGCGUUCUGGGGAUUUGGAAUUGGCCAAUGCAUUCUUUGCGAGGAUCCCCUCACCUAAUGUUGUUUCUUGGGUGAACUUGCUCAAUGGGUAUUGUCAGUCAGGAAGGAUGGGUGAGGCAAGAGAAUUGUUUAAAAGAAUUCCUGAGCGUAAUGUUGUGUCUUGGAAUGUGCUGCUUGCUGGGUACGUGCAGCUUAGUCACAUGGAGGAGGCCUAUAAGCUGUUUAUGGAGAUGCCAGAUAAGAAUUCAAUCUCAUGGACAACGAUGGUGAGUGGUUAUGUACGUGCUGGGAGGCUCCAAGAAGCAAAGGAUGUGCUCAGCAAGAUGCCUUUCGACAGUGUCGCACCAAAGACUGCACUGAUGAAUGGCUAUUUGCAAAGCAGACUGAUCGAUGAGGCCCGCCAACUAUUUGAUGGAAUUGGGGCUCGAGAUGCAGUGUGCUGGAAUACAAUCAUAUCAGGAUAUGUCCAUUGUGGUAUGCUUGAUGAGGCCAUGGUGUUGUUCCAGCAAAUGCCGAACAAGGAUAUGGUUUCUUGGAACACCAUGAUUGCUGGCUAUGCUCAGGAUGGACAAAUUCGCAAGGCAGCCAGUGUUUUCAGGAAAAUGAAUAGAAGAAACACAGUAUCAUGGAAUUCAAUUAUCUCUGGAUUUGUUCAAAAUGGUCUCUUUGUUGAAGCACUGCAGUAUUUUAUGCUUAUGAGAAGGGAUGCAAGAAGUGCUGACUGGUCUACAUAUGCAAGUUGUCUUAGCGCAUGUGCGAAUUUGGCUUAUUUGCAUGUCGGGAGGCAAUUCCACAGUCUUCUUGUCAGAAGUGGGUUUAUCAGUGAUUCUUUUCCUGGGAAUGCCUUGAUUUCUGCCUAUGCAAAAUGUGGAAGGAUGUUGGAAGCAAGACAAGUCUUUGAUGAGAUGGUAGGACAGGACAUCGUUUCAUGGAAUGCGCUCAUUGAUGGCUAUGCUUCUAAUGGUAAUGGGGUUGAGGCAAUUGCAGUAUUCCGGGAAAUGGAAGAUAAUGGUGUCAGACCUGACGAGGUUACAUUGGUAUGUGUGUUAUCGGCAUGCAGUCAUGCUGGGUUAAUUGAUGAAGGAUUGCAUUUCUUCAAUUCGAUUAUAAAAAUGUACUCUUUAGAGCCUGUGGCUGAGCACUAUGCCUGCAUGGUUGAUCUUCUUGGAAGAGCUGGGAGUCUAAGAGAGGCAUUUGAACUUAUUCAGGGAAUGCAGAUCCAACCAAAUGCUGGUAUCUGGGGAGCAUUGCUUGGAGCAUGCCGCGUACACAAGAACCACGAGCUAGCAUGGCUUGCAGCUGAGAAGUUAUUUGAAUUGGAACCUUGCAAGACCUCAAAUUAUGUGAUGCUGUCAAACAUCUGUGUGGAGGCAGGAAAGUGGGACGAUGCUGACAAGGUGAGGGUUUUGAUGAAAGAGAGGUGUGUACACAAGCCACCUGGAUUAGCUGGAUCAACAUAGACUGUACUCUUCUAUAUAGCAAGGAAUGACAAGGCUGAGCCCAUCAGCAGCAGGGAGCAUGUGCAGGGAAGUCAGCUGCAGCAACAACAAGAAGGGUGACCUCAUCAUGCUAGUGCAAGCUCGGUGGAACUGAAGUGGGAGCCCGCAAGCAGCAUAAGAACAAAAGGGAAACUUAUCAGCUCCUCAAUCAAAAUAUUACAAAGUUCCAAUAUUUAUAUCAGCGACAAACGGUUGGAUGACCAUGAUUUUGGAAUUAAGAUGGCAUCUCACCUGGAGCAACUGCUGGUGCCUGCAUUUGAACUCCAUUCAGAUACAAGUAGAAGCAUAUUCAUGAAUGAUUUGUCAGGUAAGUUCAGAGCCACUCCAAAGGUUCUGUGCAACAUAUCUUCAGGCCGCUUACAAUUUUCUUGCAAAUGGCGAGUUGGGUGGAUAUGUGUCGCCAUCAUACGACAAGCUGAGGACAGCUCUUCUACAAGAGGAGAGGGCCAAUGUUGCCAAGCUGCUUGAACCUCUCAGGACUUUAUGGGGCUUAAAAGGGGAGGCCCACUAUCCUCAUGUCAUGAAAACUUCAUGAAUGAAGUUGUUAGUGAGAACCAAACACAAAAUAAGAUGAUGGAGAUCCUAAUGGUAAGAAUAAUUUUGCCUUCUUGGAAUCUUGGAUUGCAUGGCCACAUGGCUAAGGAAUGAUUUCCUUUUCAAUAUUGAACCAUACAAUAGUUUGUAGUAUUUCACUAGCUACAAAAUCUAGUAUUUUUCAAUCAUUAAGUUUCCACUGCGUUACAGUUCAACUCUGUUCUGUUCAGUUUUUGUGAUAUAAAUCGCAGUAUUUUAGUUAAUUCAUUUAUUUUGUACUAACAUAUGGAAACGCCAGUUCUCCCCCACUUAGCACUUGGCAGAUACAUAAGUUUAGC